CUCUCUCUCUCCCCUCCCCAACAUUCCACACAUGCGGAGAAGCAACAAGCUACCGAACCAGCAGCAACAGCUAGCAGCCAGCAGCUAUCUCUGUCGGGGAGGAGACGUAUUAACAUGCAAAAGUUUAGAAACACGGAUUCCUCGUCCUGAGUAGACACAAGAGCAACGUUUGGUGACACCUGAGGCGGCUAUCGAAAACAUGGGACAUAGCUGGCUUCCGUAAUAGCUAGUUAUUUGCGUUAUUUUGAGCUUCAAAUGUGCGAAAAGUCGCUCGGUCUCUCCUCGUCGUUGGAACAAGAUGGCAGCAGCAUCGUUGCAGGAUUUGACUGUGGUGCGGGUCCUCGUUGCUAACCUGUUCCUUGACGCUCUGGGUGAUACAAUUUACUGGUCUUACUGAAGGUAUGGCCUCACAAGUCUUGGUCUACCCAUCACACCUGCACUCAGCUCAAACAAGUGCCUUAGGAACCAGCAGCAGUGGUACCAGCAGACACACAGGCAAAGCCCACCACAGUAAUAACACCAGCAGAGCCUUUCAGCACCGACCGCCACCCAAGACGUAUGUGAUCGGAGUCAACUACGGUAUUGCCUACCCCAACAACGUUAUCCCAUCGUCAGCCGGUGCUGAUUCAGGAAGACUGCAAAGGGGAGUACAGCUUGAAGAAAGGGAGGAGUGGGCAUUGCAGACAGCAGGAUUACAGAGUGAGGAGAGCUGGGAGAGACUAGGAGAAGGUCCAACUGGGAUCCAGGACCAGGAGUCUCUUUGCCAGAGUAGAGGCCCACAGGAAGUGAGGCUUCGUAGGGACAGUGGUGGAACUCCAUCAGGUGGAGGAGGAGGUGGCUUGGACUGUGGGCUCCUGAGGAGGACCUGUAUCAGAGCAGAGGAGGAAGAGGGCAGAAACCGAAGAAUACAGACGAGAGGGGGAUACAUUAACCUUCUAGACACAGGUGCCACCCAGAUAUGUGAAAAGAAGACAGGUGAAGGUGGAGAACAACCACGGGAGAACAACUGCGUUAGAACCAUGCAGAUAGUGGAGGAGGUAUCUGCUCUACCUUCACUUCCUCCCCCUGUGGCCAUGUUGCAAACCAGCACCGGGAACAAUACAGACACUGUUAGAGUAGGGGGCGGAGGAACACUGCCUGCUCAACACAACAGGGUUGAGCCGGUGACCGGCAAUGGAAUUGGGGUGGAUGGGACCAAAAUCAGGCCUAACGGCAGUACAGAGGCAGCGGCAGGAGCUACAGUAACCAGAACUGGAUCUGGAGAUGGUGACUAUCAGUUAGUUCAGCACGAGGUUCUGUGCUCCAUGAAGAACAGCUACGAGGUUUUGGAGUUCCUGGGUCGUGGCACCUUUGGUCAGGUGGUGAAGUGCUGGAAGAGGGGGACGAAUGAAGUAGUGGCUGUCAAAAUACUGAAAAACCACCCAUCCUAUGCACGCCAGGGACAGAUUGAGGUGGAGAUCCUGGCACGGUUGAGCAAUGAGAAUGCAGAUGAGCACAAUGUGGUGCGUGCUCUGGAGUGCUUUCAGCACCGCAGCCACACAUGCCUGGUGUUUGAGAUGCUGGAGCAAAACCUCUAUGACUUCCUUAAACAGAACAAGUUCAGCCCACUGCCGCUUAAAAUCAUUAGGCCUAUUCUGCUGCAGGUGGCAACAGCCUUAAAGAAGCUGAAGUCUCUUGGUUUGAUUCAUGCUGACCUGAAGCCCGAGAACAUCAUGCUGGUGGACCCCUCCAGGCAGCCCUACAGAGUCAAAGUCAUUGACUUUGGCUCAGCCAGCCAUGUCUCCAAGGCUGUCUGCUCCACUUACCUGCAGUCCAGAUACUACAGGGCUCCAGAGAUUAUUUUGGGCCUGCCAUUUUGUGAGGCCAUAGACAUGUGGUCAUUGGGCUGUGUGAUAGCUGAGCUCUUCUUGGGCUGGCCCCUCUACCCCGGAGCGCUGGAGUACGACCAGAUCCGGUACAUCUCUCAGACUCAAGGCCUGCCUAGCGAGCAGCUGCUCAACAAGGGGACCAAGACCUCGCGUUUCUUCUCCAAAGAGUCUGACUCUCCCUAUGCCUCCUGGAGACUAAAAACGACAGAAGAGCAUGAGAAAGAGACGGGACUCAAAUCCAAAGAAGCCAGAAAGUAUAUCUUCAGCUGUCUGCAUGACAUAGCACAUGUGAACUUGGUGCUGAGUCCUGAUAACAGUGACAUGCAAGCAGAGAAAGCAGACAGGAGGGAGUUUGUGUCUCUGCUGAAGAGCAUGCUGCUGAUUGAUGCAGAGGACAGGACUGUUCCUGACAGCGUCCUCAAUCACCCCUUCCUCACUAUGACUCAUCUGCUGGACUACCCACACAGUAACCAUGUGCAGUCAUCUUUCCGUAUCAUGGACAUGUGUCACAGUCGGCCCACUAAUGCAGUUUUUGACGCUCUGAACCAGAACACCAUUCAUUUCUCUAGACCUCCUGUAGCCCCCACUGUCUCCUCUGGCCUUCCUCUGGGCUACAGCAACAUACCAGUCCACACUCAGGCUAUUACCCAGUCGGCUCCAUCAGUGUUGCAUCCUGGGAUAGCUAUAACAACUGGGAAUGGUCAGUUUGGGUGCAGCGACUCGUUCCCACCUGCUCUUCUUCUUUGUCCUCCCACCAUGCAGGGUAAUCUUAAUCAACCAGCAGGGUAUUCUGUUCCUAUGGUAACUCAGGCCCCUCCCAUACAACCCCUACCAGUGAGGCCGGGUGUAAUAGCACAGCAGGCCUGGUCUAGCCGGGGUCAGCAGCUCCUUGUCCCUGCAGCUUGGCAGCAGAUGACUCCAGUAGGUCCCCCUCCCUCUCACCCACCUCCACCACCCCCGUCCUCCCUAACCAACGAUAGCACGGCUGGACCGCAGAGGAUCGGUGACUGGGGGAAAGUGCGUCCCCACAGCAGCCACUACAGUUCAAUGAUGCAGCAGCCUCUCCUGACCAAUCAGAUGCCAGCCCUCUCUGCCCAUCAGCCAAUCAACAUUGGCAUAGCUCAUGUUGUGUGGCCCCAGCCAGCCACCAAAAGGAACAGACACAGUCACAACAGGAACCUAUCCCACCCGAGCAACAUCCACAUAUCACAGUGUCGGACCCCCAAGAUGGUCGAUGUCGUUGGUCAGGCAGUGGCAGGAAGGGAGCAGCCUCAGAGGGAGGUGCCUGUGGUGGAAACCAGGCAACAGGAAGUUCAAAACACAGAUGAGGAGGAAGAUGAUGCAGAGGAAGAAGUCAGCUGCUUCAAAGAGGUUGUGCCAAAUGGUAUCAGACAGCUGGAGCGUUCCAGUCAACUACAGCGAGACGUGGCGGUUCUAAUGGGUGACACACCAAGCCCUGCGCCCAGUGUGAUCAGCAUCCGCAGUGAACUGACAGACGGAGAAGAUGAAGGGGAGGAUGAAGAUCCUCAGAGGUGCCGUCUGAGCGAGUGUAAAGAAGAGUGUGUGUGUGAGGCGUGCAGAAACACCAGUGUGACCAUGGAGAGAGUGUGCUCCCUCAGCAGCCCCGACAGCAGCCUCAGCACCAGUUCCUUUGCCUCCAACUCGCUUCAGUCCAGCCCCUCUGUCUCACCUUGCAAGAGACCCAACAGCAUGUCAGAGGACGACGGCCACGAGAGUGGCUGUGACACAGUGGAAGGCUCCCCCACGUCCGACACAUCAACUUCCCCGCGUGGCAACAGUCCUUACCGUUACCUUGAUAAUAGUAACCACAACAACCGCCCACCCUUGGCUGCCAUGGUAGCACCACUGCCUUCCCCUGCAGUGCAGGGCAGGAGUCCCCGUGGUGUCAGGACAAUGGUGGUUCCACCAAUGAGAGUGCAGAACAACAACACUCAAGGGACAGAGGAGCGUUUCCAGAGAACAGUCUCAGAGUCCUGGUCCCGGUCCAAAGGCCGCUGCAGCCUGGUAGGACAACAAAGCACUCCCUCUUCCGUCCCCCUCCUCCCAUCCGCCCCCCUCCUGUCCCGGCAACAAAAAUUGACGGGGCAGCAGCAGCACCCUCUGGGUUUUGGACAGCCGUACGGUUCCAACCACAGCAACAAAGAGUGGAACGGCAACUAUGGUCCUCUGCGGCCGCACGCCUACAUCCCCCCAACUGUCCACACCCACACCUUCACGCACCUGCCACACAGCAGCCCCACGCACACUUCGGCCGCCCCGCACACACACACCCAGGGCCUGCCCACACACACCCUGCUGUCCUACCCUCCCAGCGGCCCCCUCACCGCCGCCCACCACCCCCAUCCCAUCCUGCCCUCUCGCCCUCCUCCUCCCCCUCUCCUCCAGCACAGCUACAGUCUCUCCCACCCCCAAGGGGGCGCUAUAGUUCACCAGGUGACCCUGGGCAUCAGCACCCACCCCCACCACCCUGGACACCCCGCUCCCCACCCACACAGGCUCCUUCCCUCCCCGACCAUCCACCCCCAUCACCAACCCGGUUACGCCCACCACCCCCACCAAUUCAAACCUCCCUUCCCCCCUCCGCCACCCCCUCCUCACCCCUACAUGGCCUCACCAGCCGCCUACACAGGCUUCCCUCUGAGCCCCACCAAGCUCAGCCACCACCCCCAGUUCUCUUAUAUCUGAGGAGCAGGACGGGGCCGCAGCAGUACCUUCUUGUGAGGAAGGGCGACAGGAAAUGGACUGGGGCUGCGACCUGGGCCUGUAGAGCUAGCAGCAGAGCACAAAACGGACACUUGUGAUGAUGAAUAUGAAGAAGAGGAAAAUAUGGUUAACAAGAGGAAGAUGAAUAACGAUGUAUGAUAGGGGAUUGAGGAAGAAACCCAAAAGUAAUGAUGCUGAAGAUGAUGUUUUAUGGUGUUACGAGGCCUCUGUAAUGUGGAGGUGCAAAAGUCAAUGAUGGUGUUUGAUUGUCAGAGCAACUUGUGUUCUGAAAGACUUCCUGCAAAAUCAUGUCAACCAGCGGAAGAAAUAACGAUCGAUUACUGCAGAGCUUUAUAAGAGAGCAUCACAAGAGUGAAUGAAUUCACAAAUGAUGAUGAUAAGGAAAUUUAAAUUAAGAAUGUGUCCUUUGCACAUUACCUCCUGUCAUUUGUUGUUUGAGUAGUGUUCAGAGAAUAUGAUCUAAUUAGUGGCUGGAAAUCAUUCGUUGUUGUUUGCUGUCAGGCCGACCCUUUAUCUUUGUUGCCUUGUAGCAUGUGCUAGCCGCUCAGAUCUGUUUUUUAAGCCAUCCCAGUCUGUAUUAACCAGGAUUGAACGCUCCUGUCUUUGUUUCAGGCAGACUUUGCUGCUGCCAUCUCCUAGUGCCUUAAAACCAGAGUUUAUGACGUUACUUCAGGAGCUUAUAGAUUGUAAAUUUAAAUGGGCUUGCAGCACUUAACCUUUAGACUCUGAAUACGAUGGGCUUAUUGGAUGAAUAUGAGGAUUCUGCUUGUGGUUAUGUUUAAAUAUUGGCAAAUGUUCAAACUUCAGUUUGCUUUCUAACUCAGAGUAUGGAUUUACUUUAGCUAGAGGCUGCACAUUUAGGGCUUUGACUGAAUGAGCUUUUUAUGUACAUAAAGAGUGAUUUGAUAUUUUGAUAAUCGAUUUCUAUUCACUAUAGUACUUAAUUCAUAACAGUAUUGUCACUGUUUACUGUAACUGCAAUACAAUCUAGAUAGCCUCUGGGUUGCUGUGUUUUUAUUUUAUUUUUUGCAUUUAGGCUAGACCUGCAUUAAUGCAUUUAAUGUUUUAGAUUUUGGGAGUGGCAUAGACUAAAAAAAGAGAUAAAAUUUGUUUUAUGUUUUACUUUUAAAUGCUUCUCAGUGUUUGAAAUAACCUAUCAACUUACAGUAUCAUUGCUGGGCUAUUGAGUGUUAGAGGUGUUAUCGGUAAUUGUUUCAAAUAUUCGUGUGAGACGAACCUUUUGUCCAUGUAUUGAAGCCUUUUGUCAGUUUUGAUACAUUCCUUCAGGGUGGAUGAAUAGCCUUGAUAUUUGCUUUUUUUUUUUUUUUUUGGUUUUGUGUUUUUGAUUUCCAGUGUGUAGUAGAGCUGCGUCUUUACCUGUCGUCAUAUCAGCUGGUAUUUUAAUCCAAUCAGCACCAAAGACUGUUCAUUAAUCAUUUCUGAAGCAUGGUCGAUACUAUUUCUCCCUUCACCUCCAGCAUACUGUUGCAGUUAUCAACAUUGGAAUAUAUUGAGAGAUCUCUAUUUUAAAAAAUGAGGUUGAGGUUUUAUUUUUCUGAGCUAUGUUUGGCAAAUUGUAUUUGGAAUGUAUAGAUAAUAAGCUGCUAUGUACUGAUUAUCUGCCACUUCGUAGCUGUGAAUUUAGAGGAUUAAUCUCAUUCUAGCCUGCAUUCUCUCUUUUGUAUUGUAGUUCAGACAACUAGAUACAAUAGGAGUGGAUUUUAUUUUGAUCAUAGAGUAUAUUGAAUGCUAUUCCUAUAUGCUUGUGCCUCUGUAUAUUGGCUUUGUUGUUUUGAAGUGAUUGUAAACUGCUGUAAUGGAAGUUAUGAGUUUUCUCUUUCUUUUUUUAUUCUGUUGCUUUUUGGUGUGUGUGUGUGUGUGUGUGUGUGUUUUUUUUUGUGUGUGUGUGAGCAUUUAGCAUCAGUAUUUCAUCUUGAAACGUAGGCUGGGUUCACUCUUGGAUUCUGUAACUGGUGUGUCGUUGAUGUAUUAUUGUUUUUCUUCUGAUGAAAUUGCUUUUUUUUUCCCGUUUGUUGGACUGUAUUUGCAACUCUUGUACUGUACAACUAGUGCCUUUCUUCAAACAAGUGGCUGCAUCGCAUUGAUAUCAAAGCAGUCGGAAAUGUGUAGACUAGUUCCUUCUAAGGGGAUCAGCUCCUACUUUCACAUCACGAAACCCCAAAGUUAUUUGUUUGUUAGACUGAGAUGAGGUCUGAAAAACAAUCUCUUUUUUUACAGUCCUAAGAAAGUACAAGUCAGGGAAUGUUUUAUUGCGCUCACCAAGAACACCGUGCAGUACUCAAAAAACAUAGGGCCUGAAUAUACACAAAUGCAAAGCUUUAUUCUCACACCGUGAAUGUAUUUGUGGAACCCGAGACAUCUGUUUUUGGUUUGCAGAUGACUUAUUUGUUGCAUUUCUGAUGGAUACACAGAGUUGUCUCUCAUUUUGUGAUCGGGAUGUUGAUAGUUCUUGUAUGCAGCUAUUACCAUAGGUAGAUAUCAUCAUGUGUUUCAGUCAGGGGUUCUUUCAAAAGGCUUUAUCCAUCAAUCAUACUAAAAGUUUAGGUCCAAAGUUGCCCAAUCCUCACCUACUUAUUGUAUUACAUUGUAAUGGUUUUGCUAUGUUGCUCAAGUAUUGGGUGUAUUUUGUGUACUCGUCUAUUAUGCUACUGUGUUGACGAUCCUUAAACAAAUGAGAGGACGCACUGUUCAGCGUGGAGUGCAGCCUAGAUAUCUAACUGAUUGAAGAGGUGUGUUGCCGCACAGUAAUCUGUACUUCACUUCAUGGAAGGUGUUCUCUUCAUUUUAACCCUGUGGUGUGCAGCUGCUCUCAUUGAUUCCCCCCCAUAUGUUUCUAUUGUUUCCAUCAGCUCAGCACCUGCGAUGAGAUGAACACAUGUACCACCUCAGUGAUGUCCCACGCCAUAAUCCCCCACCACUUUGGGUUGAUUGCUUAGGAUAGAUAAUCCUGCCCCACUGCAGCCUAACGCUGACAGUUGCAUCAUCAAAGUCACCAGAGGGUCAAACAGUCCCAGAUCCAAAGCUCAACAAGCACACGGAGCCCAGCAGCCUCAAGUAACAAAGCAGAGUGGCUGCUAAACACAUAAUUCCAAAAACAUGAGGGGGAACUUAAGCUUUCUGUCCCUCCUAUUAAUCUUUUUUUGGGGGAUAUGGCAAUAAACGAGAAUUGCAUCCAAUUUAUUUUCAUCAGUGUUUCAGAGGUUGUAGUCAGCAAUGUUUUGGUCCCUGCUGGCCUGCUUUUACUGGACCCCCACAUGUCAAAACUACCAACUCAAACAUUGGUCUGACACAUCUCAUUUGGGUACUGGGCUGAAAAAAAAAUUGUAAUUGCGCAAUUUAAAUCCUAAGACACGUUUUAGGUAGAUUUUGUACCACAGCUAUCUAAUUAUUGGGUUGACAUUUAUUGUAUUUAGACACAAAUAUGUAGACACGAUUGCUAAAUUGAAACUGUUACUGUUCUAAAUAUGUGUAGAUUUGUGUGGCUUUAUGAUUUUAUGUUUUUGAUUUUUUUUUUUCUUAAAUGCUACACUAGUUUGACAUGUAGCAACUGCACUGUGCAAUAUACAACAAUAUGAGGACUGGGAAAAUGAUUAUCGUUUGGAUGUAAUAAUGUGUGUCUUACCAGUUUGCGGUCGUUUUCUUUUCCCCCCUCUAGUUCUCAGUGAGUUUCAAUGUGACCAAGCCUUAUGUACUUUGUCACAAAAAGCGGGUUCCUUCUUGGUGACUCUUAUUGGUGAGUGUCAAAUUAUGAAUUGAUGGUGUACUAUGUCAAGAUUCACUUUGAAUUAAAAAAGAUCUUUUUGCUUCA